GAUCAGGUGACAGGUACAAGACACCGAGGAGACUCCUCAUUCGGCAGCCCCGUUCGAGCACGACUGGACGGAUCAUGGCCAGGGGCUCUGUCCUGGUGCUCACCGGCCUGGUGGCCGUAGCCCUCCUGGUGGCCGUCGUGGCGGGAGACGUCGCCGCCGUCCGCGAGGAGGUCGCCCAGCUGGACGCCGUACAACGCCGUGAUACCGCGGCCCACUCCCACGUCAAUGACCACGACAACGACGACGACUGGAAGGAAGGCAGGAUCGACGAUGGUGACGAUGAUGACGACGAUGUGAAGCUUGGUCGUCGCCGCACAACACGUCACCACCGCACAACGCGCCACCACCCGACGCACGCUCCAAUAACGACCCCAGGUCGCCGAAGCACAUCGCGCCCUACGAGCGCCCCCUGGUCCACACCAUCAGACGGACCCAGCCCCCGCCCCACUUGGGGACCCUGGACCACACCAUCAGGAGCGCCGACCCGAGGACCCACUUGGGGACCCUGGACCACGCCAUCAGGAGCGCCGACCCGAGGACCCACUUGGGGACCCUGGACCACGCCAUCAGGUGCGCCGACCCGAGGACCCACUUGGGGACCCUGGACCACACCAUCAGGAGCGCCGACCCGAGGACCCACUUGGGGACCCUGGACCACGCCAUCAGGUGCGCCGACCCGAGGACCCACUUGGGGACCCUGGACCACGCCAUCAGGUGCGCCAACCCGAGGACCCACUUGGGGACCCUGGACCACACCAUCAGGAGCGCCGACCCGAGGACCCACUUGGGGACCCUGGACCACGCCAUCAGGUGCGCCGACCCGAGGACCCACUUGGGGACCCUGGACCACACCAUCAGGAGCGCCGACCCGAGGACCCACUUGGGGACCCUGGACCACGCCAUCAGGUGCGCCGACCCGAGGACCCACUUGGGGACCUUGGACCACACCAUCAGGAGUGCCGACCCGAGGACCCACGAGGUAUCCUAGGCCCACAACAUCGGAGAGGCCCAACCCGACGUGGGCACCCUGGACCACGCAAAGGCCCAACACAACGUGGGCACCUUGGACCACGCAAAGGCCCAACACAACGUGGGCACCCUGGACCACGCAAAGGCCCAACACAACGUGGGCACCUUGGACCACGCAAAGGCCCAACACAACGUGGGCACCCUGGACCACGCAAAGGCCCAACACGACGUGGGCACCCUGGACCACGCAAAGGCCCAACACGACGUGGGCACCCUGGACCACGCAAAGGCCCAACACGACGUGGGCACCCUGGACCACGCAAAGGCCCAACACGACGCGGGCACCCUGGACCACGCAAAGGCCCAUCACGACGUGGGCACCCUGGACCACGCCUCAAAGGCCAACCUGGCGUACGACGAGCGAUCCCUGGGUUAGGACCUCUACAACAGAGCGCCCAACCACCACUGCCCGACCACCUCCGACUCCCAGUGCGAACGACAACAGUGCCUUCAUUGGAGUCUACGAUCCCGACUCGACGAUCGGCUUCACCGAGCUGGUGAUCCAAGCGGCCAAGCCGUACCACAAAUCACACUGGUCCCUCAAGUGGUCCAACGAGAACCUGCAGAUUACCGCCAUCCACAUCGAGGACCUGCUCCAGAACGGCCAGAACGCCCAGUUCGACCUGCAGCGCGGCGGCGAGGGCGCCAGCGAGUUGCAGAUAGACUUCGACAGCGCUCGCGGGGGCCACAUCCUCUACAGAGUCUCCGUGUGGGUUACUCCGGUGCCGCAGUGGGUACCACCUCAAAUGACAAAGUUUCGUUUCAAUAAUUGAUUACGAAGAAAGUUGCGUUCUCUCAUAAUAAAGUCCCAAGGUAGCUGCAUGUAAA